AUGUCGACUUCCAGAUUACCCAACAUCCCGGCCCUGCGCAAACAUCAGCUGCUCCUGGAAUUCGCCAGCUUAAGACAUGCUGCCCCUCCGGGUGUUUACGUGAGCCUUGCGCCGAAUGAUCCGACCCUCUGGAGUGCGGUUGUGUUUGUCCGCUCUGGUCCCUAUGCGUCGGCGAUCCUCCGCUUCCAGAUCAAAUUCCCUCCAUCCUACCCCGACCUUCCUCCGCUGGUGACCUUCUCUACCGACGUCUUCCACCCGUUGAUCGUGCCCCUUACCACAUACACGUUUAGCACGAAUGCGUCGAACGCGGACCCUGUUAGCGCUACAGACGAGGAGCGGUUACCGCCCGGCGGGUUCAGUCUCCGACAUGGGUUCCCGCACUGGUUCGGUCGGGCGAAGCGGAGUGAUGCUACCUCUGAUGGUUCAUUGGGGGAUGUCAGCGUGAUUGAAUCAAGCGUUGCUGCUGAGACUGCCACGGCUGCUGGGACGGAAGACUCCACGGCCGGCGACGAAGGGUCACCGGCGUCUCCAGUUGAUGGAGACGGUGAGGCGACGCCUAGUGACACCACUAUUUCGCCUCCGGUGGAUAAAAUAACAGAGACCAGGAAGUCAGUUCCAGUGCUAGUUCUGUUGGAUUAUAUCCGAUCUACCUUUGACGACGAGUCGGUUCUGGAUUCCCUGCCGCUCGAGGCGGCUGGCAAUCCCAGCGCAUGGCAUGCCUGGAAGGCCCACAGAAGAGAUCAUGGUGACAACCAAGCGCUGUAUAGUUCCAAGAAGGGAAGCCCGCAAACGCGACUUCCCGGCGACUGGCACUGGGAUGGGAUCUGGGCCAAACGGGUCCAGGAGGAAGUGGAAGCAAGCCACUCGGAGGCGACCCUGUUCGGAACUUCGACUCGGGGUGGAAGUGAAGAUUUGGCAUCACAGAUUCGCUUUUCUCGACUAGACGAUGCGACGCUAACGAAUAUCAAAGAGAUGAUCAUUCCCCCGAUGGAGGAGGCGCAUGAAUAA